AUGGCAUCAGCUACCCUCUCCAACGUCAGCAUGGCAGUGUUUGCCCUGGGUGGCUUUCCUGGUCUGGAGACAGCUUACGGCUGGAUUGGCAUCGCCAUUUUCUGUGUCUACGUGGUUGCUGUGCUGGGCAACUGCUCCAUUCUCUACGUCAUCUGGGUAGAGCCAAGCUUGCAUCAGCCCAUGUAUCAGUUCUUGGCCUUGCUGGCUGCCACCGACUUGGGCCUCUGUGUCAUCACCAUGCCCACCGUGCUGGGUGUCCUCUGCUUCCGCCUGAGGCAGAUUGGCAGCCAGGCCUGCAUUGCCCAAGCCUUCUUCCUCCACUCCUUUUCCCUCAUGGAGUCAGCCGUGCUCUUUGCCAUGGCGGUGGACCGCUUCGUGGCUAUCAGGUACCCUCUGAGGUACUCCGAGCUGCUGACCACCCCCAGAGUCAAGCAAAUUGGACUCGCCCUCUUCCUGAGGAGCAGCCUUCCCUUACUGCCCGCCUUUUAUUUCCUUGCAACGUUCCCCUACUGCCCAGGUGCUACGCUGUCCCACUCCUACUGUCUGCACCAGGAUCUGAUUCGCUGGGCUUGCAGUGACACCACUUUCAACAACUGGUAUCUCCUGAUCCUGAUCUUCCUCAGCAUGGGCUCAGACCUCCUCUUCAUCCUCCUGUCCUACAGCCUGAUCCUGAAGGCAGUCCUGGGCAUGGUGUCCAGCGGCCGCAGCCCCCUCAAGGCCCUGAGCACCUGUGGCUCCCACCUCUGUGCUGUCCUGGUCUUCUGUGUUCCUGCACUCGGACUGUCCAUCAUACACCUUGGACAGAAUGCGCCUCCCUUUGUCUACGUCCUCAUGGGCAACAUCUACAUCCUCUUUCCACCAUUUAUGAAUCCCAUAAUUUAUAGCAUGAAGACCAAGGAGAUCUCGGGACGGCUCCGCCAAAUGCUCAGGAACCUCUGGAAGAUGUAA